GAAGGCGAGGGUCGGCCAGAAUCCCAGGGCUGAACGUCCUGCCCCUCUCCCCAUACCCAUCCAUCCAGCUCGGCCUGUUACCACUAGCCUCUCCCUUGGCGGCUGCAUGAGCCCCUGCGGCCCGCGGGGGGUGGCGCUGGCGGGGCUGUGGGAGAAGAGGGGGUGUCGGGGCGCCGCUCGUCUGCCCCGGGGCAAGGUGGGAGGGGCUCCGCUGGCGCUGGUCCCCGCCGCCCCGGCCGGCUCAGCAGCGGCCCGGGGCGCGCCUCCUGCUCCCGGGCUGCAUGCCUGCGAGCGCCUGGAGGAGCCGGCCCGGGAGCGAACGACCACUGCUUCCCCGGCCCAGCGGCUCGGGCGGCGCAGCCAGCGCUCGGGAGACAACUGCAGAGUAGGGCGGCCGGGGCCAGCCCCCUCCCUCGCCCGGCCCCCGCCAGCCGCCGAGCGAGGCGUCGCGAGUGUGCCCCAAAGAAUAAAGCCCUCAAAGAAUGUGAGGCCUGAACUCACUUCAAAUGCUGGGAAGACCCUUUCCUUAGCUGAGCUGCGGAGGCACCAGGACUCCUGUGGCACUGCCCUAACGAGGAGGCAGUGCUGCCAAAUUCAGGUCUGCAAGACAGCUUUGGUUCAGCUGAUUUUAGCCAGGCUCACCCUGACUUUGCCGGGCGCUGUGAACCCCAGCCUUCAGGUCGAGUUCAGCCCCCUCUUCUGCCCCCAACAUCACUUACCAUGACAAAUGCUGCACCUGGAUCCUUGUGGAAGUCAUCGCCCUGGAGAAAGGAAAGACCAUCUGGCUCAGCCCCAGAGGGGAGAGAGACCUCAGCUGGAAAGAUGCGACCACGUCUGUCCCCGGGGAAGAGGUUAAAGGCCAGAGGGGAUAGAUGAAGAACUCUUCUUUUUCUGGUUAUGAAUAUGUUCUGCCCAAACUGUUCAUGAUGUUAGACAUGUCCACUUCCAUCCAACAUAAGUGUGGGGGCCCUAUUGGCACCUCCCUCCCGGAUGUGAUGGAAUGCUUCGGAAACCAUUAAUCCUGGUGUCAGCAGGAGCCUAUGGAGGAACUUGUAGUUAAUAUUCCCCCACGAGCGAGGGGACGAACUGAGGAGAGGCAGAUCUGCAUGGCUGAUGGCUCACUUCCCCCUCCCUUUCAGCAGCAGAGCCACGGGCUGGCUCAGCAGGUCUGAGUUAGAUCAUUGGCAGAACCGGCUGGUGCCACCAGCCUUUAAUUUUUAGGGCUGCCUCUUCUAUCCUGGUCAAGAACUUCACUUGUUACAUAAUCAUGUGUCUGUAGCUGCUCCGUGGCCUCAUAAAAUGUGGAGCUUAACGGGGACAUUUUCUUUUUGCCUGGAGCUUUGGCUGUGGGGCCUGCAGUCCAGCCACAGCUGGCCUGAGCUGGGGACAAUGACAGUUCACAGGACUGCAUGUGCUCUCCCACGUCUCUGCUCAUAAGUUUUCUCCAUAAACUCAACUUUAAAAAAGAAAAAAUGAGGAUGACUCAUAUAACGAUAUGAUUUGUACAAAACUGGUUUGUAAAUACAACAUAAUCCCAAAUAAUUUUUUUAUUAAUUUUUUAAAUUUACCAUCCUUACCAUUUUUAAGUGUACAGUUGAGUGGUGAUGAAUACGUUCAUAUUCUUUCUCUCCCUUCAUCCUUUCUUCCUCCUCCCUUUCCCAACCUCUAGUAACCACCAAUCUACUCUGUCUUACGGCACAGAAUGUGCAUCCCUUGCAUGGCAAUGCUAAUAUUGUUGCUACCACCCUCUCAUACCAGUGCGACAUUAAUACCCACCCUUUAGUGACUGUGAGUUCCAGUCUUGAAUGGACAUAGAAUUUGCCACAGCAACAGCUAACAAGUAGCGUUACUACAUACUGCGCACCAUGCUAAGAGUUUUAUACGUAUUAACUCACUUAUGCAGAUCGGUGCAAUUAUCUUUUUUUUCUAUGCAGUUCACUUUCCCUCCCCCCCCAGAAAAGGAACCAAGGCACAGAGAGGUUAGUACUUUUUUCAAGGUCACACAGCUAUAAAUGGCGAGACCAGGAUUCAAACCUAGGCAGUCUUCCUUUAGAGCCAUUAAACUCUGUGCUGAUGAUGAGCAGGUGGGUAGAGAAAAGGUUCAGGAGUAAAAAUAAAGUGGUUUCUUGCAUUUCUUCCAAGAUGUUAGCAGGUCAGCUGUUGAGUACCAAACUUUCAGUGGUGCUA